AUGACUAAAUGCUCAGAUAAUUCAGCUGCUCUGGACUAUUCGAAUGAAAUACGCGAUCAAAAAGAACAAAUGUUGUCAUUACCGAUAGUGAAAGUUAUACAUUCGGAUAAAUCGACAUUUAUACAAAUCUAUAAUGAUUUAAAAUCAUUAAACAAUAAUUUCUUACAAUAUAUUCAACCAAUUAAAGAGAGUUAUAUGAAAAUUGCAACAUAUAAUUUUAAAGAUGGUGAUGAGGAUGAGAAAUCAGGUAACGGUGAAACAGAUACAAAUGAAAAACGAGAGUAUUAUAUACGUGCUGUUCAGUGCUAUGAGGACGCUGUCAAAAAUUACAAAUAUGCAUUAGCCAUAUUCACAAAAAGUAGUAAUAAUGAUCAAAAAAAUAUUAGUAUUUAUCAGAAAAAGAUCUACGAUGUAAAAUUGAAUUAUUAA